AUGUCAGCUUUCCAGAACGUCACAUCCUCUCCCGUCAUCUUCCUGCUAACUGGUGUUCCUGGGCUGGAAGCCUUCCACACCUGGAUCUCCUUUCCUUUCUGCCUUCUCUAUGCAACCGCCCUGUCAGGAAACAGCCUGAUUCUCUUCGUCGUUAUCACUCAGCCCAGUCUCCACGAGCCCAUGUAUUAUUUCCUCUCCCUGCUGUCCACCACUGACCUCGGGCUGUCCAUAUCCACACUGGCCACCAUGUUGGGUAUAUUCUGGUUCAAUGCCAGGGAGAUCAGCUUCAAUGCCUGCCUGUCCCAGAUGUUCUUCAUUCAACUGUUCACUGUCAUGGAAUCCUCUGUGCUGUUGGCUAUGGCUUUUGAUCGCUUUGUGGCCAUCUCUGAUCCCCUUAGGUAUUCUUCUGUUUUAACGGACAUUAAAAUAGCACAGAUUUUUAUAGCAAUCAUUACCAGGGGGACACUGAUACAGAUUCCUUUGGUGAUACUUCUUAAAAGAUUGUCGUAUUGCCGCAGCCACGUGCUGCACCACUCUUACUGCUUCCAUCCUGACGUGUUAAAGCUCUCAUGCACAGACACCAGGAUCAACAGUGCAGUUGGGCUGACUGCUCUCAUCACCACUGCUGGGGUGGACUCCAUUUUCAUUGUCCUUUCCUAUGUUUUGAUCAUUAGGACUGUCCUCAGCAUUGCCUCCCCAGAGGAGAGGAGGAAGGCCUUCAGCACAUGUGUCUCCCAUAUUGGGGCGGUGGCUGUAUUCUACAUUCCACUGAUCAGUCUGUCCUUUCUUCAUAGAUUUGGAAAGCAAGCCCCACCCUAUCUGCAUACCAUGAUUGCUAACACUUACCUGCUGAUCCCUCCUGUAAUGAACCCCAUCAUCUACAGUGUGAAGACCAAGCAGAUACGCACGGCUAUGCUGAAAGUUCUCCAUUCCAGCAUGACGAAGACCUAG